CUUCCAUAAAGCUCUUGUAACGCUGUACCAACUAGUAAGCGGUACAAUUCGCCUGAGCCCGAGCAACGCGACCUUUCUUGCUCUGUGGAUCUCUGAUAAUCUAACCAGACCAAAACCUUUUCACUAAUCUAGGCAACAAUGCAGAGUCUCCAGGGUCAGCGCGCGUUCACUGCGGUGCGCCAGGGUCGGGCGGGUCCCCUGCGGACUCGCCUGGUCGUGCGCUCGUCUGUUGCCUUGCCAUCCACGAAAGCCGCGAAGAAGCCGAACUUCCCGUUCGUCAAGAUUCAGGGCCAGGAGGAGAUGAAGCUUGCACUGCUGCUGAACGUGGUCGACCCCAACAUCGGCGGAGUGCUUAUUAUGGGUGACCGCGGCACUGCCAAGUCGGUCGCGGUCCGCGCCCUGGUGGAUAUGCUUCCCGACAUUGACGUGGUUGAGGGCGACGCCUUCAACAGCUCCCCCACCGACCCCAAGUUCAUGGGCCCCGACACCCUGCAGCGCUUCCGCAACGGCGAGAAGCUGCCCACCGUCCGCAUGCGGACCCCCCUGGUGGAGCUGCCUCUGGGCGCCACCGAGGACCGCAUCUGCGGCACCAUCGACAUCGAGAAGGCGCUGACGCAGGGCAUCAAGGCCUACGAGCCCGGCCUGCUGGCCAAGGCCAACCGCGGCAUCCUGUAUGUGGACGAGGUGAACCUGCUGGAUGAUGGCCUGGUUGAUGUCGUGCUGGACUCGUCGGCUAGCGGCCUGAACACUGUGGAGCGUGAGGGUGUGUCCAUUGUGCACCCUGCCCGCUUCAUCAUGAUUGGCUCAGGCAACCCCCAGGAGGGUGAGCUGCGCCCGCAGCUGCUGGAUCGCUUCGGCAUGAGCGUCAACGUGGCCACGCUGCAGGACACCAAGCAGCGCACGCAGCUGGUGCUGGACCGGCUUGCGUACGAGGCGGACCCUGACGCAUUUGUGGACUCGUGCAAGGCCGAGCAGACGGCGCUCACGGACAAGCUGGAGGCGGCCCGCCAGCGCCUGCGGUCCGUCAAGAUCAGCGAGGAGCUGCAGAUCCUGAUCUCGGACAUUUGCUCGCGCCUGGAUGUGGAUGGCCUGCGCGGUGACAUUGUGAUCAACCGCGCCGCCAAGGCGCUUGUGGCCUUCGAGGGCCGCACCGAGGUGACCACGAAUGACGUGGAGCGCGUCAUCUCGGGCUGCCUCAACCACCGCCUGCGCAAGGACCCGCUGGACCCCAUUGACAACGGCACCAAGGUGGCCAUCCUGUUCAAGCGCAUGACCGACCCCGAGAUCAUGAAGCGCGAGGAGGAGGCCAAGAAGAAGCGCGAGGAGGCGGCCGCCAAGGCCAAGGCGGAGGGCAAGGCGGACCGCCCCACGGGCGCCAAGGCUGGCGCCUGGGCUGGCUUGCCCCCUCGUCGGUAAAAAAGGCUGGUGUAGGCCUGUCGGGUCGUGUUAAAGGUUGCUGCGUGAACGUGUAAGUGUGACAGUGUGCCGGUAUGUGUGUGUAUACAUGUGUUGCGGUGUGCUUUUGUGGCGGUACAUGGUGAUGACUGAGCGGGUGGGACAGAGCACGGUUAACUGACGAGGGCAGUCCGUGCGAGACGGACGUUUUUGUAGCCGAGGUGCAAGGACUGAUGACGGGCUAAGCUGCUGGAGACUUGGAGUUGAGAGUGCAGGUGGAUCGACGGUUUCUCUAAGGAGUAUGAAUAGGCAGGAGGGCUGGAGACAUUUGGGGUGCAAGGAGGCGGUAGUAUGGGAGAUGUCCAUGGGCGGAUUUUGGCCUCUGUAACUUCUUAACGCC